CUUCAUGCUGCGCACCCCGCCGAGCGAUGCGAUGUCUGGAAGUCAGAAUUCAGGCAGUGGAAGCCACGUCAGCAAGAGAAGUUCCAGCAAUGCCAGCUCCAUGGUGUACUUUGGACAGUACCAGUACACAGCAGAUGAAUACCAGGCCAUCCAGAAUGCUCUGCGUCAAAGACUUGGUCCAGAGUACAUCAGCAGCAGGCAGGCUGGAGGUGGACAGAAGGUUUGUUACAUCGAGGGUCACAGGGUCGUCAGUCUGGCCAAUGAGAUGUUUGGCUUCAAUGGCUGGGCUCAUUCAGUCACUCAGCAGAAUGUCGAUUUUGUUGACCUGAACAAUGGCAGAUUCUAUGUGGGGGUCUGUGCAUUUGUUAAAGUUCAACUUAAGGAUGGGUCAUACCACGAAGAUGUGGGAUAUGGAGUGAGUGAGGGCCUGAAGUCUAAGGCCUUGUCUCUAGAGAAGGCAAGAAAGGAAGCAGUGACAGAUGGACUGAAGAGGGCACUCAGGUGCUUUGGAAAUGUGCUUGGGAACUGCAUCCUGGACAAAGACUACCUGCAAGCAGUGAAUAAACUUCCUCGUCAGAUUUUCCCUGCGUUGGAUGUGGCCAAAGCUAAAAGGCAAGACUUUGAGCCCUCAAUAGAGAAGGCAAGAUACAACAGCUGUUUACAGAAGCAGAGUGCAGGGCAGCAGCAGUGUGAGAUGGCGCUCUCUUGCAAAUCUGACCAGGCGGAAGCUUCCUUGAACAGAAUGGAACAGGACCAUCCACACAGCGCCAGGAGAAACACAGACUCUUUAGCCACCGAGUAUGAUGCCACUUACCAGCGGAAGUUGCGGCAGAAGCAGCUACAGCAGCAGUUCCGGGAACAGAUGGAGAAAAAACUUCAGAUCCCAAUAGCUGCUCCAGUCUGCAAACAUGUGCCACCACCUCCUCCUGUGAAGCACAGCACUCCAGUCACAGCACAACAGCAACCGACUGCAGAAGACGAGUUCUUUGCAGAUGACCCUGAACUUUGGGACAUUCCUCUAGAGGCCACCAAUCUCAGUGAUGCUGCUAGCCACAAAAUGGCAGAUAUGCCAGCCCAGCCACAGGCUCCUGCAACCCCGCUUGGCCAGCAUCACAUGACUACUCGGAGCAGGACUCCUCAGAAGAUGAGCUAUCACAAACCAUGUGCAAGGCCUACACCCUGGCAAGUGUCUGUCGAGCAGAGGACUUUUAGCCAUUGUGCCAACCAGCAUGCAGCAGCAGACUGCAGCCCCUACAGAAGAAGCCAAGGUAUGAAGAAAAGGAAACUGGAACCCACCUAAGGAAUGACAGCAGCUCCUGACUUCUUGCCUCUGGAUCUGUCAUUUUUUCAAACAAUCUGUUCAGUGGCAUGAGGAAGGUAAUCAAGCAGACCAGGCCCUUCCUUCGGUGAUGCAUAAGCUUAACUAUGAAUGCAGGACAGGAAGUUGGCCCACAGUCGUGGGCUUGACACCCCCUUUUGUGCGGUCAAAAAUGUUUCAAAUGCGUUUCACCCCGACUCCAGAUUCAGAGGCUGUGGAAGGGCUCUUCAAGUCAUGGCUUGUAUCAGGUCAUAAACACUGUAAUUUUAAAUUCUUUUGUGCUGUUCUAAGAAACUGGUUCCUAGGAUGAAAUGCAUGAAGGGUGAGGGGGUCAUUCCUCUGCAGUUUCAUGUUGUAGAGGAAGCAUUUCCCUUUUGAAGGCAAACAGUGUUUAGUAAAGUCAAACUGGGGAAGGAAUCAUUUGACGCCAUCCUGUAUUAAAAUUCUGCUUGGCCGGGUCCAUUACACGAGGAGUGGGGUUGACCUGUUCUGUUCCUUUACUAAUUUGUUUUUAUAUUAACUUUUAUCCCCUUUUUAUUAUGGCAAACAUGAAUAAAUGGUGUAGCUGUUCAAGUGGGUCAACAACACAGCUCUCUUGAAUACAUGACAGGUCCUCUAGACAGAGGAAGAUUUCUACUACAUUGACUUCUUGUGGUUUAAUGCUACUCAGCCUGACAACCCAACUCCCUCUUCCUGAAGCCCAAGGCAGAUUAGCACUAUAUACCUAGUAACAAGUCUGAAAUUAAACAGAAGCCCAAACCACAAGUGUUUUGUUGUCUACUCCCACGUUGUAGCUUAAGGGAGGAGAGUGAUGCAUCACACCAUUGCCUGCAACACUAGGGGAGAUACAAGAGGUUUAUACACUUUUAGUUAAACACGUGGGAUGAUGCAUAAUCAGGAGAAAUGGGGCAAGCAUUAGAAGCAAAGAAUAGGAGUUACUGAGCAUAUCUGUAGUGUGUGCGCAUGCUUGGAGGUGGGGGAAUCGGUUUUUUCGUUACUGGAGAAACAUGAGAUUGUUAUUAAUUAACAGUUCAUUAAUACACUGUAAUUACAGUGCAUUGUUUAGUACCUGUAAUAACAGGUACUAACUUAAUGUACCGUAAUUAGCACUACUGAAUAUUAGCACAGAUGAACAUUGUGUGAUGCUUAAUGCACACUAGACUAAAUCUGUGCAUUAGCACGGUUUCUGCCAGCUGCACUAACUUGUAGUAGAAUUAGUCCAGUACACAUUACCGUUUCCAGCAGCAAAAUGUAGAACUGAAAAUACCCAAGUGGCCUCAAUACCCCAUUGGCUGUAUGAAGCUGCCUCCUUGCCAGCACAUCUGCCUAUAAAAUUGCCAGUAGCCUUUAUUGCCUUACUCAUAAAACUGAGGAUAGCUGAAGGUGACCACUCCUGUUUAAGGUGUCAGUGUAUAGCCUGCCUUUAUCACUUCCCAGCCCAUCCCUGGGAAGAGAAUGCUUAUGACACUGGUUAAGAAAAAUCUCAUUACUUACUAUAGUCAGUGCUCAUGCAUCCCACAUUAAGCCAAGGCAAAGGCUAUUAAGGAAGAGCAUGUUUGGAUCACACAAAGAAAAUGGAGGAUUGAGCCACAAGGUUAACUUCUGGAAAAAAAGAUGUAGUCAUAGGAACCCAAGUGCAUGCAGAACCACUGGUUCAAGACUGGAGAGAUGCCCCACCUUGGUGCAUCAUAAAGCUCUCCAAAGCUUGCAUCUUCUUUGGAGGGUUUUUAAGAACCCUAAGUAAGGAGGGAGUCCUACAGGAUCCCAGCCUGCAGCAGCAUGAACAACAAAAGCUUUCCUAAAGAAAGGAGAUUUAGCAAAUUGUUACUAUUUAAAAACCCUGCACCUCACUCGCCAUCCUCCAGAAGACACUAGGGGCCCAUAUGACCUAGUGCUACCAAGAGUUGCUGAAAUGGCAAUUUACCACACACUGCCUCAAGGACGUGCAAAUCCCACUGAGGCAGAGAAUGGCUUGAGCAGGCAUGGAGAUUCUUUGCAAUUCCCAAGAUGCCUCUUACCCCAUUCCUAGUAAAGACAUUACUCCUCUCAGACAGCUCUUUGCUAGUUCCAACUACAGCUGCAUGAAGGACCCUGACCAGCCAAGCAAGCUUGACCCUCUAUGUUUAUUGACAAUAGCAAGAAGUCUUUGUGAUGGAGUUCAUCUGGGCUCUGCUUCACCAGGUUUUCCACUCCAUGGUGUUGUAGGCACGCAUCCCUCUAGCUUAGUUUCCAAGCAAGGGGGCUGGGAUGCAGAAAGAAAAGCAGAACUAACCGAAGACUGACCUUCACCAACCCCUUUUCAUCAGGGACAGAUUCCUCUCUGACAGAGUUGCUAAGAGGCAGCACAAAGUCUCCAAAAAUUAGCCAGGACCCAGAGGUUACAGUAGACAGGGGAGUUUGCCAACCCCCUGAGGUUAAUGCCAACUAUUUAGACUUUGUCCAACCAUCUGUCUCCGGAGCAGGAAAACUUCAUACUGAAGCCAACCUACACCAUACCAGAAAUGUGUUGUUGCCUGAAUUACCUGUUAGCCAAGACCCUUUGACUUUCUGCAUCAGGAAGUCUAUUGACCCAGCAUCUGUGAACGGUCUUUUACUGUUGCUUAUUUUUCAGAGUAGUUUGUUGAAAGGUCAAACUGUUAUUUCUGACCACUGCUUUUGACA